CUGGUUCAUUUGAUCAUGAACAACCUACCUCCCCAAUUCGGCACGUUCCUGGUAAAAUAUAACACUCUGAAGGACAUGUGGACAUUGGAUGAACUCAUCACUCAGUGCGUCCAAGAAGAAGACAGGAUCAGACAGAUGGUAAAAGUUCAAAAUGUUAAUAUGGUUACUUCUGGACAAGGGCAAGGGCAAGGGAAUAAAGGUAAAAGGAAAAGGAAACAAGGUUCUAAUAAAGGAUUCUCUGGUUCUCCAUUUGGAAACUAUGAGAAUCAAUCUGGAAAUGGAUCUAAACGCAAACGGGUUAAAGGUAAACCAUGCUUCUUUUGCAAAAAGACGGGUCAUCUAAAGAAAGACUGCGAAGGUUUUAAGGAUUGGCUCAUAAAGAAAGGAAUUAUUACAGGCCAGGCCACCAACUAAUGCGGAGCGCUCAGUAUACGUAGGCAAUGGUGUCAAAGUUGACGUGGAGGCAAUAGGAGUCUAUAGGCUUAAGUUAAAGUCUG